AUUUGAAUAAUUCUUUAAGCUUUUUUUACUGCGUGAUUGGGUCAGAUGAUGUGUAUUUUGAUGUAACAUGGCGUCUUUAAUUGUCACAGCAUAAUAAAAUUUCCAGAAGGAUGUGAAAUUUUUCUGAGUGUUGAAUUUAAAACUCAACACAGAAUGCCAGUUGAUAUUAACAGAUUAACGGAAGGUUGGCUAGAAUUGGAAAGUGACCCAGGUUUAUUUACAUUGCUGUUAGAAGACUUUGGAGUAAAGGGUGUACAAGUUGAAGAAAUAUAUGAUUUGCAAAAAUCAUUAGAGGGCCCAGUAUAUGGUUUUAUAUUUUUAUUUCGUUGGAUAGAAGAGAGAAGAUCCAGGCGUAAAGUUGUAGAACAAGAUGAAAGUUUUGUAAAAGAUGAAGAAAUUGUUAACAACAUAUUUUUUGCACAACAGGUGGUGCCCAAUAGUUGUGCAACCCAUGCAUUACUUUCAGUGUUACUCAAUUGCCCAAAUAUUCAUUUGGGUACAACUUUAUCCAGAUUGAAGAUGCAUACAUCUGGUAUGUGUCCAGAAAAUAAAGGAUGGGCAAUUGGUAACACACCUGAAUUAGCAUGUGCUCAUAAUUCUCAUGCUAUGCCUCAAGCCAAAAGACGUCAGGAUAAAAAUACUGGAGUAUCAACUGGGAGAUUUACUGGGGAAGCUUUUCAUUUUGUUAGUUAUGUACCAAUUAAUGGUAGAUUAUUUGAAUUGGAUGGUUUAAAACCAUAUCCCAUGGAUCAUGGUCCAUGGAAGGAACACGAAGAGUGGACAGAACAAUUUAGACGUGUAAUUACAGAUAGAUUAGGAAUGGCAACAGGGGAGCAAUUGCAAGAUAUAAGAUUUAACUUGAUGGCGGUUGUUCCCGAUCGGCGACUUGCUAUUUCGCAUAAAUUAACAAUGUUAAAAACUAAUCGACAAAUAGUAUUAGAAGCAUUGCAACAACUUGUUAAACUAAGCCAUCAAGAUGGAACAGAAAAAAACACAAAUGAUUCUGAAAAGCUAGAGAAAUCACAUGAAAAGAAAAGCAAAAUUGAUGAUGAAAAUGCUUUACCUAAUAGAUCAGAAAUUGAUGAAUCUUCUUCUAUACCAGCUAUUACUGUUGAAAGGAGUAAUGAUACUGCAACAGAUACAGAAGAGCCAGCUUCAAGUAUAACUUCUGGAAAGACUGAAUCAAAUGGUAUGGAAAAGGUAGUGAUGUGUGCAUUAGAUUAUGCUACACCUCUUCAAAUUCAGACUUCACCAGCACACAGUUCAUCUAGUACUGAUACAUCAUCUGAAAUUGGAUCUGCAUUCAACUCUCCCACACAAGCAUGGGGAUGGAAUUCUGGUCAGAACAGUCCAACAUCGACAAAAGACUUUAAAAAGUUCGUUGUAAUUAGAGUCGCUGGAGACGAAAAGAAUGAGGCAGGUUUAAGUCGUUCUCUUGGGAAUAUUAAUAUAAACGGAAAAAGAUUAGUUUCUGACAGUGGUCAUUUACAUAAAAAAGUCUGCUUGUCUGGAGAAGUUAGAAUACCUCAUGCUAGAGUGAAAACGAGUAACGGGGAUACUGUUACCGAAGAGAAGAAAGUUGAGAAAAUUGAUCCAAAAUUAUGCUCAAAAUAUCCGGAAUUGUUUGAACCACAUACAUUUGCACCCAAAGAUCUUUUAGCCUUACUGAAGAACUUAGAACAUGAAAUAAGUAUCUGUGAGACUAGUUUGAAAGAUGAAAAUGACAAAAGGAACAAAUACAAGAUUGAUGAUUGUCGUAGAACGCAUAAUUAUGAUGAAUUUAUUUGCACUUUUCUUUCAAUGCUUGCUCAACAAGGAAAGCUAGCCGAGCUGGUUCAGCAGCAUUUGACUUUAAAGAAACAUACUUCUGUGUCAGUGAACAGGGUUCACAGAUCUUCGAAGAAAGCCGAUACUCGUCAAAAUUCUUCGCGUAGACGCCGAGGAAGAACCAAGUGCAAGAAACGAAAAUAAUCCCCGUAUUGAAUUUCAAUAAUAAUUGGAACUGUUACCCCACCUAUUGAAUUGUCAAUAUUAAAAACCUCAGAAUCGCAGCAUGGAGAUAGUUAUAAGAAGUUGAUAAGCAUGUAAAGAAAUCAUACGACUGUUGAAACAAAAAGGGAGUGUGAAUUAUAUAUUACACUACGAUAUUAACCCAGCAUCAGUGAUGUCAAACAAUCAGUACUUGGUUUAUUUUUUCAUUUGAAAUUUAAACCAUCCACUGUAUAAAUUGACUUUACGAUAUAUUUUUUAUAUUUUCUUUUUCAUGAUAUUAAUGAACAUACCCCUUUGGGUAUAUUUAAAUCAUUUUUAUCUCGACGUCUAUUUUCGUUUCGUAUGAAAUACAUGGGUUUCAUAGAAUACACCAAUACUUUGCGUUCUUUAUUUUCCAUGAUGUUGGUCGUGUUUUCUCUCAUAUUUUCUUUCUCAUUAUUUCAGAGCAAGAACGAUCGCAAAUGAAACAGCAAUCGGAUAUUGUCAAAAACAUUGAAAAUAUUUAUUUCGGUAUUCAUAUACAAGUACACUACACGCUUGUGGAUAUGUCCCUUAGAUCUAAAUACUUAUAUCUCCGUACAGCCGGAGAAAGGAUAAUGAAAAGUGUCGUCUUGGAAUCAUAUGUUUUAUCAAUGGACAACGAUCGACUGAGUAGAAGUCGUUUUAUCAUACUGCAUAGGAACUGUAUUCGAAAUGUCCUCGAAGAAGCUAUUUCAGGGGUACGGUUGAAAAGGAGACACGAUGAUGAUGGUUCAGAAGAAAAACGUUCAUAGUUCCUUCUCCGGCCGAUAUGCUCUUUUUAACACACGCGUUCACGAUAUCAGCGCCAUUUCCUCGGCACGAAUAAUAACAAUCGUGUUUUUUGGCAAAAGAAAAAAGAAAGUGCAGUUUAUGUACAAAUAUAUUGAUUCGUGGUCGGCGUGGUCGUAUAUGUAUAGGUAACGUUUCCUCUUAUUGGGCAAGUAAUCGUGAGAUACAGAUUAUUUUGGAAUUUGCGAGUAGAACCUGCGACGAGAUCUCACCGUACACGCACGGUUCGUGUGGCAUCCUUUCUGAUCACACAAACGUGACCGAUCACGAGUUAACAUUUUUUUAUUUACAAAAGUAACGAGGUUUCGCUUUCGAAACCACGCGCACACGCUCUCUUUCUCUCGUUCCCUCUCAUGCGACAAACGUGCUUUAAUCUCGGGUUGCUAACAAAGCUUUCUAGCUUUACUGCGGGAUCCGACAUUCAGUUUCUCGUUAUUAUUAAUAGGCACUCGUGGUAUGUUACAGUAAAUCAACUGCGGAACGGUGCAUAUAUCGAGCCAAUGUAAAAGUCAAAUAUUAGUCUGCAUUCGUUUCAAAAUAAAUCUCUCGUCGUGCCAAUACUAUAAGAACUCUUAACUAGCACGUUUUUGUCCGACAGUUGAUACUAUUUUAUACUUAUAUUCAUAAGCGGCGAAAUUGAUUUUUGUCUUCUUUUCACUCUGAGCAAAUUCUGUGAGGACACACGUUUUGAGCGGCGGUAAAUAAAGAAAAAUUAAUCGAGUAUCGUUCUGUCGGCUGUUGUUCGCAGAAAAUUCUAACAACAAUAUAUAUAUAUAUAUAUGUAUAUAUAAACAUGCCGUAUAAAAUAUAGAAAAUUCACGCAAGGAAAAUAACGUAAAAAAUACAAACGAGUGUAGAAGGGAGAGUGAGGAAGAGGGUAUGGGUAAGAGGGAUGUAAAAGGGGGAUGAAUACGAGAUCCUUCCGCGAAUAACGCCGAUUAACGAUUAAUACAGUCUUGUGACGUGUCUUAGAAAAACUUUAACUGCUCAGAAGUGUAUGGGAUAUACGAACGAUAUUCUUUUGAGCCUGGUUCGUGUUUCAUCUCGAGAAUUACUAAACGGCACCGAAAAUAGGUGUGCGAUCGCCGCAUUCUAGGUAACGCUAAGUUCGUUUAUUCGUCUCGAUUAUUCAUCGUUAGCGCAGUUGUUUCCCGUGACACACAGACAGAGCUGUGUAAAAAGAAACAGUAUUCUCGAACAGGAAAUAAAGAAACAACGCGUUUUCUUUACCUCUUUGUUCGAAAUACUUCUUCUCUUUUCCAAGUAGCUCCAUUCGGACGAUUAACAAUAAUAAAUAAAGAUAUGCAUUAAGAAUACAGUAGCUUUCGAUUAAAGUUUCGUGGCUUAUCACACUGACGUACAGACGAGGAUAUCGAUCGAACGCGACUCGUGAGUUUUCUCUUUCUUUUCUCGGUAAAUCGAGACACAACAAUGUUACUAAAUUACAACGAAUCGUUCGACGAAGCUGUUGAAUUGCUUUGGUUCACUUGAACGUUCGAUCGGUGUCCUCGACACUUCAUCAGAAAUUUCGACAACUUUUAUCUUCUUUCCAACUACGAGGAUUCUUUUUAAUAAGAGCUUUCCUCGUGUAUGACCCAAUUCGUUUUAUUCUCUCUUACGUUAUCGAAAAAUAUGUAUAUUUUUUUCAUAUGUGCAUUAUAUAUAUGUAUAUAUGUACACAGGACUGCGUAGAGGAUUGUAUCAUUCUUUAGCAAAAUACUGCUUAUAAUAAUUAAAGGCGUUUAAUAAAAAAAGGUUCGAAUGAUUUCUAGAUGAAAGUUUAUAGAACAUUUCUGUUCAUUUUGACGAAUAUAGUGUUCAAGUUUGACAUAAUCCUUUCUGAAAAUCCUGUGAACAUUCCAUAAUCAGUAGGCUCGCUUAAUGUAGUCUCACGGUCCAGCUGCACCGGCCGAUGUAUCGAGGAUAUCACGAGGCACCAAAGAACGACAUAAUUAACCCGAAAUAUACACGUAUCCUUUCUCUCGCUGUCUCAUUUAUACACAUAUUUACACACGCAGUCACGUUAAUCGCUAAUAGUAAAACGUAUAAAAAGAAAAAAAAGAAGAAGAAGAGAGAAAGAUGAUCUAGAAGACGCGAGAAGAGACACCAACGAGACUGGGGAGGAUCCGUUAAGUUGAAAACGAUGUAUACUUGCAAUGUGUUAUCGAAUGGUUGUCGUUAGAUUGAAUUUCAAGAAAAAGAGAAUCAAAUGAAUGAAAAUCUUUGCACCAAAUGCGAAGACAUCUCUUUCAAGAAAUGUUCCCUUCCUUGUUUUGGAAAGGAGAAAAGACAGAAGGGAGUUACUGUGCCUUUCGCGUAUCGAUGCUGGGAUUAAGUUGUUUAAGCAUAAUUGGCGGUAGUGAAAUAGCCGGUUGCGCGACCAAUUAUCGAUUCACCGGGAGAAACUUGGGACCUCGUUAAUCCGAGAAUCUUCGAAGUCGCGCUAUUCCUUUCCUUUCUGUUAAUUUCAUCGCGAUAUUUGAUACGUAGUUAGUUCAACGAGAAUAAAUAAAAAUAAAAAUAAAAAUU